CCUGGAUGGGCCGAUCACCUAGAUGCAUGCUGAUGUACAAGAGGCUUUAAGAAGAUGAUGAUUUUUAUUGUACAAUCUCCAGUCACUGACAUGAAGAUUGUAAAACCAGUAUUGUAAAAGGUUCCAAUAUUUUUGUAACAUUUAUAUAAUAACAUUCAUUAUAGACAUACUCAGUUCUAUUACAUCAACCCAAAUGGCAAUAUCAGACACAAUAUAGUGCACAUUGUCUCUGAUACUGUCAUUUGGAUUGAUGUAUUAGAACUGUGUAUGUCUAUUAUGAAUGUUAUAUAGGGUUAUAUGGUGUUUUUGAUUUACUUUCAAGCCUUUUGUGUUUGUUUUGUGUGUGUGAGUAGUUUUUGGUUGUGCAUGUGAGACAAUAUCUAAGUUAACUUCUUAUUAGACUCUGUAGCAUUUGUGCCAUAUUUGUAAACAUAUACAACCGGUUUGUUAUAAAUAAAUGGCAAAACUGCACUCAAGUAGUAGGUCUAAGCAGUGAUGAGUUAUCACCUGUACUACAGAGUCAAACCAGCUCUGUGCUACCGGCACCUGUGUGCUGUUCAGGGCCACAGAACCCUAGACCUUACAUAUACAGGAAGCAUUCAGCUAGGGCUGAAGCGAUUCCUCAAGAAACUCGAGUGACUUGAUGAAUAAAAAUCACUGAGUUCUUUACAUCGUAGCUUCUUUUAAUCCAUAUAACUAUGGAUUAACAACUUAUUUGAAGUUUUUUUUUUUUUUUUUUUUUUUCAUAUUUUCUUUAAAUAGUUUCUUUAAAUAAGCACCCUGUAAAGCCAGGGUGUGCACUAAGGGGUGAUUUUUCUGUUGUGAGAAAACCAAGAUGGCUACUUCCUCAAUGCAAGAUUUCCUGUUAAGCAACGCGCUGUGCUCGAAACAGACAGUUAAUACUCACGCCUGAAUCCAGUACUUGGUCCAGUAUAAUUCUUAUAUUAUUCUUAUAUCCUUAUAUAUUCCUCCUCUUCCUCAUCCUCUUCACCAUCUUCAUCACCUUCAUUACUUGUCUGCUGGGUAAAGGGAACCAUGCUCCAUCUCACAAGCCUGCUGUUGAUUAUACUCAUAAAUGUCGUAGAAGCUGCAGACAUGGUGUCCAUCAGUGUCGUGGGUCACACAGGACCAAUGGUUGAGGGCACAUGGUACGAGCUCCGGUGUGACGUUCAGAAAGUUGCUCCUGAUCAGCUCCUCACUGUGAGGUGGUACAAAGGACAAACUCUACUGACAGAUACGUCCUUUAAUGACUCCAUCAAGACUCCAGUGGACAAGUCUGCGACAUACUGGAUCUUUGCCAACACAACUGAUGAUGGAGCUGAGUACCGGUGUGAGGCGGUGCUGAGACAGAGACAAGCAGGACCUCAGCCUCCUACAACUGAGAUGUCAGAGCCUCUUCUUGUUACAGUAUACUGUAACUGUCCUGUUGUUCUUCAGCCUCCUGCAGUGGUGGUGGAAUACGGAACGUCUGUCUCAGCGAACUGCUCCACUUCCAAAUCACAUUUUGGGAUGGCCUGGGAGGUGCCUCAGGGAGCUGUGGACCCGCAGGAGGGUGUCCAGCUGAUCACCUGGAACUUGUCUAGGCUUGAGGACUGGGACAUAAAGCCAUUAUGCUACAUUAACAUAAAAAACCAAACAAAACCAGAUAAAAGGCAUCUCCCAGUUAUUGUGUAUAAAACUCCAGACAAUGUGUCCAUUAGCAUCGUGGGUCACACAGGACCAGUGACCGAGGGCACACAGUACGAGCUCCAGUGUGACGUUCAGAAUGUUGCUCCUGUUCACCGCCUCACUGUGAAGUGGUACAAGGGACAAACUCUACUGACAGAUACGUUCUUUAAUGACCCCACCAAGACUCCAGUGAACCAGUCUGCUACACUCCAGAUCUCCCCCAGCAGAGCUGAUGAUGCAGCUGACUACUGGUGUGAGGCAGAGCUCAGACUGGGACCAGCAGCACCUCAGCCUCCUCCUACAAUGAAAUCAGAUCCUCUCCACAUCACUGUGCAUUAUGGUCCUGAAAUUUCCGACUGUCCUGAGUAUGUGUGGCUAAAGGAGGGAGAGAACCUGGAGGGCUACUGCAGUGUCACAGGAAAUCCACUGCCUGAGCCUAGAUGGCUGAAGGCAGGGAAGCCCACUGACCCCACCAGCCCACUCAGGAGGACAGAAAACAGACAUAAUUACACCAUGUACAUUAAUGAAGAUACUCGGCAGCAUCUGAUGGUGUUUGUGAUGUAUGGACCAGAGAUUUCAUGUAGAAAACAUAUCACAGUUCUAGAGAAUGACAAAGUGGAGCCCAACUGUACAGCUGAAGGUUUUCCACCACCUGAAGUGACUUGGUUUAAGGAGGAACAGAGAGUGUAUUUCCCAAAAAGAAUGCAAAGGGCUGAUGCAGGGAAAUACGUCCUAGUAGCAGUGAACAACUCCACCUCCAAUCACACACUGGAAAUCGAGGUGCAGUACUCUCCUUCGGGCAUUAUGGGGCUGAAUGAUCAGUCUGUAACUCAGGGGUCCAAUGUGGAUCUGAAUUGCACUUCCUCUGCCUGGCCUCGGCCAGAUUAUGAAUGGAUCUACCACCCAGAACCCAACGUGAGGAUUGUGAGUGAAGACGGCGUGUCCAAGCUCUCCAUAGCCAGUGCCAGUGGAAAUAACACGGGCACGUACACUUGCAUUGCCAGCAAUACUCUGGGGAAAACGAAUCUGACUGUUAGAGUUGAUGUCCAAGGUGCAGAGGCUCUAUGUCCUCUUAUUGUGAACCCUUUUAAUGUCGUCUUGGAAUACAGACAAUCCGUUGUGGUGGAAUGUAAUACGUCAGUGUCACCUUCGGACUUGCACUGGGAAUUUUUAAACCACAGAGUUAAUAAUGGAACCCUGCUAGUUAACUCCUCACAGUUUAAGAACUGGGAUGAAACGCCCCGGUGCACCGGAAAAUUUAUCGGGCUUGACACCUGUACAAAACAUGUGGACAUUACUCUAUACAAAACUCCAGACAAUGUGUACAAUAGCAUCGUGAAUCACACAGGACCAGUGAUUGAGGGCAGACAGUACGAGCUCCAGUGUGACGUUCAGAAUGUUGCUCCUGUUCACCGCCUCACUGUGAAGUGGUACAAGGGACAAACUCUACUGAAAGAUACGUUCUUUAAUGACUCCAUCAAGACUCCAGUGAACCAGUCUGCUACACUCCAGAUCUCCCCCAGCAGAGCUGAUGAUGCAGCUGACUACUGGUGUGAGGCAGAGCUCAGACUGGAACCAGCAGCACCUCAGCCUCCUCCUACAAUGAAAUCAAAUCCUCUCAACAUCACUGUGCACUAUGCUCCACAAAUUGUGUCCAGAAUGAACUCGGUGCUGGUGCCGAUAUUUAGUGACGUGUCACUGAACUGCAGUGCUGAAGGGAAUCCAGAACCUACAGUGAUGUGGAGCUUUAAAAAUCAAACUAUCAUCACUGGGAGGCGACAGAGUACACUAACAAUUUCUCGAGCCACAUCCGCUAAUGCUGGCAUAUACACAUGCACUGCUACCAGUCUAUCUUGGAGCCAGACACGGGAAGUCAAGGUGGAAGAAGAUUACAGAUUUCUACUUAUAUCAGUUUUUAUAAUAGUUUUUAUAAUUAUAUUUCUUAUAAUAUUGGUAGCAUACAAGAAAAAACGAACUAGAAAAUAUGACAUAACGCGUAACAAUAACUGCAUGGCCAUGAAGCCAUUGAAAAACAACUGACAUGCGUAAUUUGGACAUGACAGAAAAUGGCUAAUAUAUAUAAUAUAUAGCAACUACUUGAAAACAAAGUGUAUAAUACUGAAAGCUGAGGGAAAAGUCUGAAGACAGCACGUUCCUCCAUGCACACCUACCCCAACCUUUCAACAGACAGACAAGAGGCAAGGACUGUUGAUCAGUGACAUGAGUAAACAUAUUGUGGAGGUCGGUUUGCAUUUUUAAUGCUGUAACCUUUUUUUUUGUAAUUAAUGACAUUAGCCUUACAUUUACAUUUUAUAUACUGUAUUUCAAACUUUAAACUGCUUCGUUAUAAAUAAAUGUGGUUU